UUUGGUAUCACCGACGAUGAUAACGUCGUACUUGGGCCUUUAUCGCGCCUCUCACAACCAAUCAAGGCCAUGCUUACCGUGGAAUUCUGUGUAAGCUUACAUUGUACAUCCUAUAGAAUAGUGUGCUUCACUCUGCUCGGUGGUAAGCACAGUACUCAGCGGUAAGCAGAGCCAUGAAAGUGGACCCUGGUUAGCUGAGGAUUAUAGACCGGUCCUACUAAAAGCCAACAACAAGCCGACAACGCCGACAACAAGUCAAGAGCACCGACAACACGCCGCCAACAAGUUUUUAAUACCUCAAAAAUGGCAAAUAAACCAUAGAUAUAAUUAUUAGAACUGUAUGUGUUCUGUAACAUAAACAUAAAUUUAAUGGAAAAACCCCUCACACGCACAUCUGAUCAGUCGAUCUCUAUGAGUGGACGAUAAAUAUUAUUGACUUGAUUGUUGAGUGAACCAUUAAAUAGUCUGUCUUCGAAGCUUCGUCAUAAGUGGUGAGCGAAUCACACGUGUAUGUUGAUGUGGUAAGCAACUAUUGGACUAGGAAGCAUGGAUCUAGCUUUCGUUGUUUUUGGUGCUGCUGCAGUGCUCGCGUUCAUCAUUUUUGUAAAGAAAUCUCUCCAAGGUGCCCCGCCGAACCAUCCGCCUAUUCCAAAUCUUCUGCCUGUUUUAUGGGAUCGCUGGUAUCAUGGAGUGGACAUCGGAGACAAACCUCACGAAAUCUUCCACUGGUUUUACCCCAAGCUUGGUCCAAUAUACAUGAUAGACGGCAUUUUGUUGAAAAUCUUUGUCAUUCACGGUGCUGAACUUAUACGGGAAGCCUUCCACAACAGGCUGCUUUGUGACCGGCCUUCGGUGAAGAUCUUACGGCAUACAGUGGAUGGAGAAGGAGUAGCUUUCUCAUCCGGCGAUGCGUGGAAAGCCCAGAGAAGGAUCGCAAUUACCUUCAUGAAGGAUUUCGGCUUGAAUAGGACAGACUACGGGGACGUGAUUGGGAUCGAGGCCGAGUGCCUUGUGGCUGAGAUGAAGAAACAAGAAGGAGAAGCCUUCGACCCGUACAUCCUUCUGGCCAACGCCGUGUCAAAUAUCAUCUGCAAGGCGGUAUACGGCAAGAGGUACGACUAUGACGACCCGAACUUUAAGCGGCUACUCCGGUCCAUCUCCCGUAACAUCCAACUGAUCGGGGGGAUGACGGGGUUCCUGCAGAUCCUCCCCGGGGCACAUUGGUUCGCGCGGUUCCUCCCGCCCGUGCGAGAACUUGGGAAGAAUCUUCAACUCAUCAGUGACUUUACCGCGGAGAUUGUGAAAGAGCACCAGAAGGAUUUCGAUGGGGAGCACCCGCGGGAUUUCAUCGAUGUGUACCUUAAAGAAAUGGCGGCUGCGACGAGUGAUGAGAGGUCUAAGAUCAGGUUGAAUGACAUGUACGCAACGGUGGGGGAUCUGUUUAUUGCUGGGACUGAAGCAACGUCUACGACAGUUCGUUGGGGGAUGCUGUACAUGAUGGCUAACCCAGAGAUACAGCAAAAGAUACAGCAUGAGAUGGAUAGAGAAGUUGGCAGAGACCGUGAGCCCCGCAUGUCCGAUGCCGUCAACUUGCCCUACACCCAAGCCUGCAUCAGCGAAAUAUUCCGCCUUGGCAAUGUUGUACCACUCGGAGCACCACACAGGGCGUCACAAGACACCGUGCUCGGGGGAUACCAUGUCCCUAAAGGUAGCAUGGUGUUUGCUAACAUCGGGGCCAUAGGUCUCGACGCAAAUAAAUUUCCGGAGCCAGAAAGAUUCAACCCGGAAAGAUUCUUGGACGAGGGUGGGAAGGUCAUUAAAGGGGAGGACUUGAUACCGUUUUCUACAGGUCACCGGAUGUGCAUCGGGGAGCAAAUGUCCAAGACAGAAAUGUUUGUCUUCUUCACUCGCCUCAUCCAUCGAUUCACCUUCAAGAAACCAGAGGAUUCGCCACCAAUCUCCUUCAAGGCAGUGGCUGGGGUCACACUCUCGCCUCUCCCAUUUAAAUUAUGUGCCAUUCCUCGUGACAACUGAACUGCCAGUACGCCACAGAGGAAGGGCAACAACAACCGGAGUCAGUGACGAGCGACUGUGCAUUGGUUUCCAAGAAACUCUAUCAAAUUAUUUACAAAUUUAUUACUUCCAAUUCUUGCAUUUUGUUGUAAUUGUGGAUAAUUUUGGAGAGGGUUACUUAUUUUAAACAGUGUCAGUACAACCGUGGAGGAAGGACAACAACCAGAAACGGUGAUAAAAAUACUGUACAUUACUUUCCAAGAAACAUUAACACAAUUUAUUUACAAAUCGAGUUCACUACUUCUUCCAGUUCUUGCAUUAUGUUGGAACUUUAGGAAGGGUAACUUAUUUUCAAUUUUCUAUUGUACAUAAACCAACAGUGUGUAAAGUAAGUUUGAAAUGUCAGUGCAACCAUGGAGGAAGGGCAGCAUCAAUAGCCGGAGUCAGUGCUACAAAUACGAGAGACUGUUCUUUGGUUUCGAUUAUCACAAUUUAUUUACACAAUUGUCGAGUUUAUUACUUACAGCCUUGAGAAGGGUAACUUAUUUUCAAAUUUCUAUACACCAACUAACGGUGUUCUUACUUUGUGUAUCUCAACAUUAUGCA